GUCAAGAGUUGUUCAUAAUUAAUCACGCUGUGUGCAAAAUGCACACUAUAAAGAACAUUUGUUGUUGUUGGAUGUAACAAUGUGCAGCUGAAGCAUCCACCCACCAGAAGGAAAACACAAGAGUUAUUUCAAGAAAUAAAGAAACAAAGUGGUAGAGUCAGAAGAGCCAUGGCCAUGAGGAACAUUUUCUGGGUUGGCAUUGUAAUAGGACUUGUUUUUAGCAACUGGGUUGAUGGCCUUGCAACCUAUGAUCAAUAUCAUUACAUGAAUGAAACAGAGCUGUCUUUGUUGGAGGCUAAUGAAGCUUCUUCCCCAUCCUUAGUUGGGAGGAGACCUUUAAUGAUAGGACUCACUCUUAUUCAAAAUGCAUGGACUAAAAGAGCAGUCUGCAUGGAUGAAACAUUGCCUGGAUAUCACCUUGAUCGAGGAUAUGGAUCAGGAGCAAACAGCUGGCUUGUUAAUUUAGAGGGAGGUGGGUGGUGUAAUAAUAUCAAAACAUGUGUUUAUCGCAAGACAUCACGGCGUGGAUCAUCGACAUUCAUGGAAAAGGAGAUACCAUUCACAGGAAUAUUAAGCAAUGAUGCAAAAGAGAAUCCAGAUUUUUUCAACUGGAACAGGGUAAAAAUCCGUUAUUGUGAUGGUGCUUCUUUCACCGGGGAUGCUGAAGAUAAGGUUUCAGGACUUCAAUUUAGAGGACAGCGUAUUUGGUGGGCGGCAAUGAAUGAAUUGAUGUCAAAGGGAAUGCGUUUUGCUAAGCAGGCUCUUCUUUCUGGAUGCUCAGCGGGUGGUCUAGCUACUAUUAUACACUGCGAUGAAUUUCGAGGCCUAUUUCCAUGGACUACCAAAGUGAAGUGUCUCAGCGAUGCAGGGUUGUUUCUUGAUGCCCUUGAUGUAUCUGGCGGGCGCACCCUCAGGAACUUUUUCCAUGGUGUUGUAAGGCUACAGGGAGUGCAGAACAAUCUGCCGCGCACUUGUACUAAUCGCCUUAAUCCUACUUUGUGCUUCUUCCCUCAGAACUUGAUUGCCAAUAUUAAAACCCCGCUGUUCAUUCUUAAUAGUGCCUAUGAUUCAUGGCAGAUCAUGUCAAGUUUAGCAGCUCCAUCAGCAGAUCCACAUGGCUAUUGGCGUGAUUGUAGAUUAAACUAUGCUAAAUGUUCUAGUUCACAAAUACAAUUUCUGCAAGGAUUCAGGAACCAAAUGCUGAAUGUUGUUAGCGGUUUCUCAAGAUCAAAUCAAAAUGGAGUGUUCAUAAAUUCAUGUUUUUCUCACUGCCAAUCUGAGAGGCCUGAUACAUGGUUUUCUUACAAUUCUCCUGUCAUAGCAAAUAAGAAAAUUGCUCUGGCUGUUGGAGACUGGUAUUUUGACCGAGCUGCGGUUAAGUCCACAGAUUGUCCUUACCCUUGUGAUAAUACAUGUCGCAAUUUGGUCUUCAGAUGAGGCAAAUUUCAUUCAUCACUCAUUUGGGCGAAUUCUUGUCUGCAAUUAGGAGAUAUGCUAUUCAGUUAAUGAUCAAUAACAAUAAAAGAAAAACCACUAGAAAUGGUUAGUGGUGAGAAACUUAGAUAGUUCACAUGUGAUUAUAGCAAAAAAGAAGGGCAUGUUUAAUAAGCUUCAUCCAUGAUUUAUUAGUUGGUGAAAGAAACUUUCAUAUUUAGAUCAUUACUUGGAAUGAUGAGGCAAAUGCAUUUAAUUUUCAGAGUUUGUGAGAGAUGAUGGACAAUUAGAAUUUACACACUGUAAUAGGCUGAACACUUGCAAUGAAUAUGAUUGAAUGAGAUCAUCUCAAUCUCAUAUCUUCCUUUUAGUUGGAAUAAAAGGUUCAUGGUAACACCUAGACUUCCUUUUUACCAUACUCCAAGUCUCCAACCAACUCGGUGUUUCUAAUUUUUGCAUAUUUCAUAUUCAACGAUGUAAUAUUAUAAUUCAUAAAUUC